AUGUCCGAAUCUGGCCCUCCCCCGCCAGGGUCUGCUGCAGCCGCAGGAACAGCAGCAACAACGGGGAAGGGUGGCAGCGCUGUAAAAAAAGCAUUCCCGCAUGUUGACCUAGCCGGCCAUGACCUACCGCCAUCUCCUGCUCCGUCAAGCCCACGGACGGGGAGGAGGUAUGCCCUUGCAACGGAAUUGGUAUAUACCGAGGGCAAUGACCAGUUCAAUGCCAGCAGUGUACCGAUAUACCAGAGUGCUACAUUCAAGCAGACAUCCGGCGGCGGCGGCGGUGAAUACGACUACACGCGAUCAGGGAACCCUACUAGAACACAUCUCGAACGCCACCUGGCCAAGAUCAUGUCUGCACAGCGAGCACUUGUUGUAUCUUCCGGCAUGGCAGCAUUGGAUGUAAUCACGCGACUCCUCAAGCCCGGAGAUGAAGUGGUGACGGGAGACGAUCUUUACGGAGGAACUAACCGACUGCUCAAAUACUUGUCUACCCAUGGAGGAAUCAUUGUACACCACGUCGAUACUACCAAUCACGAGAAGGUUGAGCAGGUACUCAGCUCCAGGACAGCGAUGGUCUUACUGGAGACUCCUACGAACCCAUUGAUUAAAAUCGUUGAUAUACGUCGAAUCUCCGCAGUGACCCACGCUAAAAACCCGGGUGCUUUGGUUGCUGUAGAUAACACCAUGCUUUCCCCACUACUGCUUAACCCACUAGACCUAGGUGCUGAUAUCGUCUAUGAGAGCGGAACCAAGUACCUCUCCGGUCACCAUGAUUUAAUGGCAGGUGUUAUCGCAGUCAACGACCUAGCACUUGGAGACAAGCUAUACUUCCCCAUAAAUGCCUCUGGGUGUGGUUUGUCGCCAUUUGACUCAUGGCUACUUCUGCGCGGUGUCAAGACGCUUAAAGUCCGCAUGGAACAGCAACAGAAUAACGCCCAACGAAUUGCAGAAUUUCUUGAAUCACACGGAUUCCGUGUUCGAUACCCGGGGCUAAAAUCACACCCUCAAUACGAUCUCCAUUGGACGAUGGCUCGAGGGGCUGGUGCUGUUCUUUCAUUCGAGACGGGAGAUGUUAUGAUAAGUGAACGCAUUGUUGAGAGUGCAAAGCUAUGGGCCAUCAGCGUUAGUUUUGGAUGCGUGAACAGUUUAAUCAGUAUGCCAUGCCGCAUGAGCCAUGCCAGUAUUGACGCAAAGACUCGCAAGGAGAGGGCUAUGCCCGAAGACUUGAUUCGUCUUUGCGUGGGUAUUGAAGAUGUGGAUGAUCUAAUCGAUGAUUUAAGAAGAGCCCUUGUCCAAGCUGGUGCGGUUAACGUCACGUUAGACGGCUUCCACAACAUCAACCAGGCCUCCACGGCCUAA